AUGGCAGUCGUACCCACUGGUUUAACUAUUGAGAUUCCCCAACAGGCCACAGCAAAGCAAGGAGGGCCAUUCUUUGGGGUGCACUGUGGCGUUGUAAACGGUGUCUACAAUUCUGACGAUUGGACAUACAUACAUACUCUGUUAAAAUCAAGCGUGGCUCGCAAGUUCGUCGACCCCGUAUUCGCUCGAUUUGCCCUCUGGAACGCCGCUGUUUGGUUUCGAGAGACUGGUAUUAGACUCAAUGAUGAUGCCGCCGCUCAACUUGGCGAACUACCAUGCCCACCCCGACAAAUUUUAUCUGGCGAAAUUUUCUCUGCUCUUUACCCCCGUGGGACUACCAUAAUCUACAAUGAUAACGAUGUUAUCCUACCGUACACUGGUCGUGAACCUCGACUUAGCCACGUCCUUAUGAUCCCUCGUGCCAACUUUAGUGACAACGAGAACGAUGACGCCCUCAGCCAUACUUGUGACGACAACAACGAACUCAACCCGUUUCUCUCAGGUACUGGUGUGGCCCCAGAGGCACCUUCGCAAUCCAAUACCACUGCUAGCAAGCUGGCAGGCACAAUUCCUAAUGCCGCGCCACCUUCUGCUACAUCCGCUCACGAGAUACGCUCCCAUCCCAGUGCUCGAGGAAGGGCCGCAGCCACACGUCGUAUCAGCCAAGUGUCCCCGCCUCCACCAACCAUCGCCACCGCGCAUUCGCGCCCUCCCUCCCCCCAACCCUCAACUUGGGUUUCUCGUGGCGACGAUGAUAGAUGGGUCUUUCAUCGAUCAACAUACGUCGCGAGUCCCACAAUUGCCAUGUCAUCUCCCGAACGCUCUCCUGAAUGUUCGCUUCCUGACAAUCAGCCAUCGGGCUCACAGCAAUAUACCAGCUCGCAGACGUCGAUUUGUAGUAGCCUACAACUCACCGGCUCCCAGGAAUCAACAAGCCAAUCACAAAUUGUUAGUCGCGAGGCCCGUCAUCGUAUGCGCAUUCUCAGCAACAUGCGCAACAGGGACCCCAGCGUCGAAUCCCAGGUUUGUACCGAAGUAAUCCUUCACUUGCUUGCAUCCAGUGAUUUUACUGCAGAGGGCCUUGCAGAAAUUAUGAAUGCUGUGGCAGACCAAGUCUCGGCAGUUUAA